AAUUGUCUUAAUUUUUGUGAUUUCGGGCACAUUUUUAACCAUAUAAAAGGAUAGGGUACGUUAGUUAAUAACCUGAUGGAUCGUUAACCUGAAAAACUGGAAGUGGGAUGAGUCAGAUUUAAGGAUAAAGGUGGAGCCAAGCAAGUAACCUAUAUAUGGAACGGACAGACAAUCAGACAAACAGUGUAGGAGACGACACUCGAAAAUGUUAAACACAUUAAUUGCUUUGUUGGCUUUAGGAACUUUGGCAAAUUGCUAUACCUUCAACAGCACGGUUCGUAUGAGGGAUGGGAAGUGUGUUUAUGGAUCCGAAUUAAAAGAAGAUAGGGAAGAUUGGUACAAUCCGGAUUUUUGCGAACGUCUAACAUGUCGAAUCGUCGAGGAUAAAGCUUAUAUUAUUAUCACGGAUUGCGGUGUUCCAUCAAGUCCAAAUCCAAAUUGUAAAAUAGAGAAAAAAGAAGGAAAUUACCCCGACUGUUGCCCUAGGAUUAUUUGCCCUUAGGCCCUUUUUUAUUUAAUGAAACUCUCAUUUUGUAUAAUUAAAUAAAGAAUAUUUUAAAAACUACAUUUAAUUACGUUUAAAUUUCUUAAAUAUCAGUAUAAAUGGGGUGUAAACUCGUGACGUGUGUUGAUAAAUAAAUCAUGAAGUUAUGUUAUUUAACCUAUAUUUUAGAUUCUUUUCUAUCAUUAA